AUGCCGCCAGAUCGAGGCCGGGCCUCCAGAGCGUGCGUUUCGUGCAGAAAGCAGAAAACCCGAUGCUAUGAGCCCAGCGUUCCAGGGAAAGCAUGUUUGCGAUGCGAAAGACUUCGCCAGAAAUGCUCUUUAAUACAGGCUAUAGAACCAAGAGAGGAUGAGGAAGCAGAUACUCCUUAUUCAAAUACAGAUGCGCGCUUAGAACGCGUCGAGAAAACGCUGGCAGCUCUUCUCGAUCGCCUAGGGGAGGGUCCGGCAGAUCCCGACGACCAUGAGUCUAAUGGGGAAAGCGCACUGACGACCCCGGAAGCUGGGGAAGCUCCGUACAAGGACACGGAAUCUUCCGCCGCCCCGAUCAUGGUCAUCCGAGACCUGGCUACGGAUACAGGUAUCAAGUCUGUACCUGACACGAGGUCUCUCGAGACGGUCCUAGACGAUCUUAUCUCGCCUGACCUGGCUCUAACUUUAAUCACAAUUUUCGUCGAGUACUAUGGUCGGUGGAUACUCUAUGACCCUGAAGGUGAUCCUGUCACUCUUCUGCCCCGCGUGAAGAGAUCGCCCUUGCUUUUCUGCGCCUGCUGUUUAAUCGCCGUGCGGCAUACUUCCGAACAACUAGCGGCGGGUCUGGCUCCCAAACUUUACGAGUACGCUCGGUCCUCUGUUUCGAGUACCCUUCUGGUUGCACCUCAGUCUAUUGAGUUCUUUCAGGCAGCUCUUAUUCUUUGCAUGUGGUCUACAACUGUCGGCCAGGUGCCUUUGAGCAUUGAUAGCUGGCUUUUGAGUGGGUUUGCCCUACAACACAGUCAAUCCAGCCCCUUGUUUGCUGCGGUGACAUCUCAAUUCCAACCACCAAACAGGAUGGAUGAGAAGACCCUGGAUCGGUGUUGCCUGUGGAACCAUCUUUGUCUAGCACAUUUGCACUAUUGUGUUGGCACAAGUCGCAGAUCUAUGCUACAGGCUUGGCAGAUUGAGCGUUGCCGGGCUAUAAUUGACUCCGAUCAUGCGACUAACUUUGAAGUUCGGAUGGUUGCCGAGAUACAUCUUUACUGGACUGUCUACGGGCACCUCAUUGAAGAAUCAGUAGAUCUGCUUAAGUCAGUCGCGGAUAUACAGGCGUGGAGGCGACGAUGGGAAUUUGUGAUUGAGCAGCCAAGAUCUCAGUUUCUGCUAAUGGGUUUCCAUUUCUCCAAUUUACUCUUAUACGAGCAUGCACUGAAAUCAAAAACUGCUCGUGCCCAAGAGUCAGUGGUGUCAGAAAUGGUCCGCCAUUCAACAGCUAUCCUGAAUUUAGCCAUGGAUACAGUGGAUGAGCGUACUCGCCAUUUGACUGAUCACAUCUACCACAUGAUAACAUUCGCAGCGAUUAUCAUCUGUCGUCUACUCAACAUUUAUGAGAGCCAGUUGAGCAGGGCAUGUGACACCAGAGAAUUAGACUCUCUCAUUCAAAGUCUGGUUGACUGGCUUCAUUGCAUUGGCUUACCCUGCCAUGCUGCACAUACCCUAGGAAGUAUCAUCGCCAAAGUACACCAGAAACUACGCCCUCGCAUUGAAGUCUUGCCAGACCCGAUGGAGGAUUUCCCCGAAGAGAGCUUCACCAACUACUAUUUCCCGGAGUUCUUGGGUAUAGGGCCGUCCGCCGAUGGAAACUGGGAUCUAUUGUCAGAUUUGGGUUUCUUCCAUCAAAGCCCUUCGAACAAUUAA